CAUAGUACAACUAUUUAACAGUUACGUACAACCAAUCACUUUCAGUAUAUAUCCCCUCCAACUCCUCCUCUUUCUCUGGAGGCAUCAAGAACAAUGGGGGUUUUCAAUCCAAGAAUCCAAUUGACUAUUCUUCUUCUCCUCCUCUCAUCUCCGUCUUCCCUAUCUCUCAAUCUACCCACUAACCCCAAUACAACAGUAUACGAAAUCCUCACUAAAUUCAACCUACCUUCAGGGCUUUUACCAAGCUCUGUAAAAUCUUACUCUCUUUCCGAUGAUGGAACAUUUGAAGUUUUACUGGAGAAGCCUUGUUAUGUGGAGUUUGAAUAUUUGGUUUAUUACGCUGAUAAGGUUACUGGGAAGCUGAGUCUUGGGUCGAUUACUGAUUUAGAAGGAAUUGAAGUUAAGAGAUUCUUGUUGUGGUUAAAUGUGAAUGAGAUCCGAGUGGAUUUGCCAUCGUCUGGGAGUAUUUACUUUCAAGUUGGGUUCAUUAACAAGAAGCUUGAUAUCAAACAGUUUGAAACUCUUCAUUCUUGCCGGGACAAUGGUUUGGCCUUGUGUGGAGGACCAUCUCUGAGACAGCUUUCGGCUCCUGUCAAUAAUAUGGAAAUGUUUGUUACAGAGUAGCCUGGGAUCUAAUAUGCAUAUCAAGCCAAAAGUUGGAGCAGAUGGAGAUAUCAUCUACUUCAUCUAUUCACGUCUUUUGAAGCCGAGAAUGUACUAGAUGUAUAAUCAAGAAAAUUAAGAUUCCACUAAUAUAUCAUGUAUAACGAGCUUAUCUUUGAUGUAUGGUUCUCUUCCUCCCCCACCUCCUGCCCUGUUCCACCAAUUUCCGCAAAAAGAUUAGAGAAAAAAUAAAGAAAGAAAUGGAU